AGUUAAUCAAUCUGAUUCAUCCUCUUCCUUCAAUUCUAGUCUUAUUCAAUAAUUCCUUCUUAGGUAGGUCCUCAUUCACCCAAGUACUUAUCAAGCACCCACCAUGUGACGACAAGUGAGGAGAAAGUGCUGGGAUGAGCACCUCUGUGGAUCAUCCAUCCAUCUUUUGCAUCCUUCUUGGUUUUUCCUUUACCCAAGUCCUGCACUUCACUCUUCUUCACCCGUGCUUCAGAAAAGUGGAAGUUGGUUAAUUAAUUCCAUUUGUCUGACUUGGAUGAGAGUGACAGCAGACAAGGGGAAAGGCAGGGAAAUGCCCUUAGACUGUUCUUACAUGCACUCUCACACUUAAUAGUCAAAGCCACCCUAUGAAAUAGGCACUACGUUAUUAGCCUGACUUACAUAAACGAGUAAACAGAGGCUUGAAGAAGUUACAAAAUAAAUUGCCUUAAGUCCUAGCUGGAGAGUGGUGGAGUCCGAGUUUGAAUCCAGGUUUAAAGAAUUCCAGUGCCGGCACUCUGCACCUAUUUCGCUCUAGACACUCAUUUCCCCUAGGGACCAGAGAAACUCAAUAUUUUGAGUUUCCGUAAGUCCACAAGGUCCUGCCAGUUCACAGUGAGCAGGGCACCGGCAAAUACAGUCUGCGACCGCGAGACGUAAAGGGAGGAAUGCUCCUCGGCGCCCCUCCCCAGUCUAUCUUAAAGUCAAGAACGUCCGAGCUCGCCUUUCACCGGGGGCGGGCUGCACUAAAACAGUAAAAUCCCCCAUUCCCCGAUCAGCAGUCGAUUGGGGGCUCUCCCGAAGCGGCAGCUCUAUAGGACCACUCUUCUACCCCAAGAUCCCUCGGCUUCGGCCCCCUCGGUGCCAGGGUUUGCGGGACCCCACGCUCAAAGCCUUAGGCUGGGGUCGAUAACUGCAGAGAGGGUCGGGAUAGGAAAUUGCGGGUAGCGGCAGAUGCGGGUCCCCAGGCAUCCCGGAGGUUCCCACAGGUCUGCAGUGGGCCUACUUUGCGAAAAGGGCCCGGCUGCGGCGAGCCUCGUUCAAAUCAGAUGCCAGACAGUGUUUCUUCGGAUCCAUCCAAAUAGGUCCCUAAUUUCUCCUUGUGGGAGCGCUGGGCCUCCUUCCAGGCCGGAACCCAAGUGUUUGGGCAGCUGGGAAAGACCGGCCCCCUUUUUCAGUUCUCUCGAGACCUCUAGCCACUUCCGGUUGCUAACGGUUCCCAAGCAGCCCACGAAAACGCUACGUGAGCUGGGCCCUGGGCCAGAGGCAGAAAACGGACGGAAGAAAAGGUCUGGCCGGACCAUUAAAGAAAAUCCUUUGACUGUUUCAAAUACUUUGAAAUAUUGCUCAGGGUUGAUACAUAGAUUACAUGAGAACGUAUGCAACGUCUCUGGCAUGGCAGCAGGCACUAUGAUGGGUCUCAUUCUGUCACCCAGACUGGAGUGCAGUGAGUGGUGUGAUCAUAGCUCACUGCAGCCUGAAACUCCUGGGCUCAAGUGAUCCUCUUGCCUCAGCCUCCUGACUAGCUGGAACUACAGGUGUAAGCUACACAGCAUGGCUCAUUCGAGAUUUCUGAGUAGAGAAGUAACAUGAUUAAACUUGGGUAUUGAAAUUAUUAUUUUGGCUGCUAUGUUAACAGUAGACUUGAAUGUGAAGGGGUUGGGCAAGGGCAGAAGCAGGGAGACAGUUUGGAAAACUGGACUAGGGAAGGGCCUUUUUAAGAAUAACACAAAACCCUAAAGACAUAAAACUGAAAAGGCCAUGGAGGAAAAGAUAAAUGAAACUGGCCUUGUAAAAUUAAAAUAUCUGAAUGAAAAAAGUAAAAAUAAAAUAUAAACUAAAAGUAAAAUAUGCCACACAUCCAAAAGACACAGCUGUUUUUCCUUAUAUACAAAGACCUUUUAUCUUACCAAAAAAAUAAAAAUAUGAACAAGCCAAUAGAAAAAUAGACAAAGUACUUAACCUACAUGCAUUUAUUGUCAGGCCUCUGACAAUAUGAUACAAAGCCAUCAUAACCCCUGUGACCAGCAAGUAUACAUCCAGAUGACCUGGAGCAACUGCAGAACCACAAAAGAUGACAUUUCACCAUUGUGAUUUGUUCCUGCCCCACCCCAAUUAGUCGACCUUGUGACAUUCCCCCCACCCCUGACAAUGAGUCUCAUGAUCUCCUCACCCUGCACCUUGUGACCCCCGCCCCUGCCCACAAGAGAUAAUCACAUUUAACUGUAAUUUCCCACUACCUACCCAAAUCCUGUAACACUGCCCCAUCCCUAUUUCCCUUUGCUGACUCUCCUUUUGGACUCAGCCCACUUGCACCCAAGUGAAAUAAACAGCCUUGUUGCUCA